AUGACUAGACCCGCCCCUCGGCGAACUCUGUACAUGACACUAGCUACAUCUUCUAUUUUUUCUGCCGACGGAGGGGUUACCUCGUCCUUGCGGAACUCUUGGGAUCAGAUGGAAAGUGGUCCAACGCUGUUCAUAAAUAAAGGAAUUGCGAAGCCGGCGUUCGAUGUCGAAGGUGAAGUGCAUCGUGAUUCUCGCCCGUACUCUACUCAUGAAUGGGCUUCUGCUCACAACAGCCCCAACCCUCCAGAGUUCUCCCGGCGGCGUCGCAGACCUCGGCAUGCAACUCCGCGCUCCUCGCUUUCCCUCUAUCGCAAUGGGGGCCCGCCAAAAGUGAAUGACAGGAAUGUUUCAACAUUGUUCGUUAUCCCCCAAUCCCCCCCCUAUCAAGUCGGUGCCCAGCCGAUUGACCGACCUUGUAGCAUGACGACUCUGCACAUGCGACAUGAUGAGCCGAUAGUAACGAAGAAGCAGGCUGGAGAGCUGAAGACGCUGAUGCAGCAGCUGAUCCCGGAUUGCAGCCAAAAGUCCGUGACUAUUCUUCUCAAGACGCACACUCUAAGAGGAGUUCUCCGGGAGCUGCUCUUGCAUCGUGUCGUCAGUCGUCUCGGACUUCCCUGGGUUCUGCAAGCCAACCACUCGUCCGAUUGGGUCAUCCCGUUGAGCGCUGCAGAAGGUCUUCGCUUGCAGGUAAUUAUUGAUUCCCUUCACAAUUCGGAUCACCGUCCCAUGGCAAAAGGUCGGAAGGAAGGCGAGCACUGGACAGCCUGGGCCUUCGACAUGAAGUCCAACCGCUCCAUCUUCUACCUUCACAUGUACAAGGCUGGGCGAGCGGCGAAAUUUGGCGCAGAUACACGCAAGACAUUUCGGGCGUACGAGUACGACCUUCUAUGGAGCGGAGAGGUGACAGCGAAAUAG